GAACCCUGUGUCUCUCACAAAUUCACAAUCUUUUUUGCUUCCCGGUUCUUCGUUCCUCAGGAAACUGCUCUUUUCUAGAUCACACGACUUGUUUGGUUGUUUCUUCAACUUUCUCUCCAGCUUCUCAUUCAGAGGGAGAGACCUGGUUAGGUUAAAUUUUCUUCCAUAACCAGGUUUCGAUCAUUAAAAGAAAUUUCAGCUAUUAAUCCUCAAUUGCAGUUGCGGAUCAUAUAUUUGCUAACAUGAACGAUCUGCUUACGAACUCCUUCGAGUUUCCUCGAGGAGAAAUACAAAGAAAUGCUCUAAAGAAUUCUGGAGAGUUAGGGUUGGAUACUUAUUUCAAACAGGUUGAAGACAUUGAGAAAGAAAUCGAUAAGCUUAGCAAGAUAUUAAAAAAGCUCCAGGAUGAAAAUGAAGAGUCAAAGUCUACAUCCAAGGCGCCCACCAUGAAAGCAAUCAAGCAGCGCAUGGCAAAAGAUGUAGACGAAGUGUCGAGAAUUGCUCUUUUAGCUAAAGCUAAAAUCGAACAACUAGACAAAGAAAAUUUAGCAAAUAGGCAAAAGCCUGGAGCUGGAAAAGGAACAGCUAUUGAACGAACCAGAUCGGCUAGCACACUUGCCUUAAAAAAGAAACUGAGAGAUAAGAUGUCCGAGUUUCAGACUCUAAGGCAAACCAUUCAUCAAGAGUAUCGCGAUGUGGUUGAAAGAAGAGUUUUUACAGUAACUGGUCAACGAGUUGAUGAAGAUAUAAUUGACCACUUGAUAGAGACUGGAGAGAGUGAGCAAAUUUUUCAGAAAGCAAUUCAAGAACAAGGCCGUGGCCAGAUUCUUGGGACCUUGGCAGAAAUUCAAGAACGUCAUGAAACGGUUAAGGAGCUAGAAGGAAAACUUCUCGACUUGCAACAGAUAUUUCUGGACAUGGCAGUGAUGGUGGAAGCACAAGGUGAAAUUUUGGACAAUAUAGAAUCACAGGUGUCUAAUGCAGUUGAUCAUGUGAAUUUGGGGAAUAAUGCCCUCCUGAAGGCUAAAAAGAAACAGAAGAGCUCAAGAAAAUGGACUUGUAUAGCUAUUCUCAUCCUUCUUAUAAUAAUUAUCAUCGCUCUUGUGUCCGUGUUCAAGCCCUGGACCAGUAAAGAUGGUGCAUAAUGCGGAAAUCUUUCUUAAUGUUAAUAUUAAUUCUUGGUAUAUAUAAAUAAACAUUUUCAGUAGUAUCAAAAAGAAAAAGAAAAAAACAUCUUCAGUUCUCUUUCAAGAGUUGCAAAGUUUCUAUGUGUUACUGGUUGUCCGUCAAAACAAAUAUUUCUCUUAUUGUAAUAUCCGUUGCCCUAAAGUUUGCCGAUACUUAUAAAUAUGACAUAUUUUAAAAUA